CAUGGAAGCUUAUUUAUGAGACUCACAAGUGCCUGGGCCUAGGAUACAGGAAGAACAGGAGCUGCGGUGGAUUGGCUGACACCCAUGCCAUUUCCUGAGUUCUUGCGUUCCCCGGUUGCAAAGCUCAGGAUUUCCCCCACUUUCCAGUGUGGAUUUCUCUCUUUAAAAAAAGGCUAAAGUACUCUCCCAGGCUGGUGGUAUCCCCCGACCCUCCCACCGUCUUCAGGGAGCUACUUUGAAAAGAAUCCAAGCAUGGGGCAGGCACUGUUCUCGAGACCGGGAAGCCCAGCUGCAUUCGCUGAAGAAGUGGAUCAUCCACCAUCUGACAUGGGGAUAGGGGCUGACGUCCUGGAAUCUGGAGACACCACGCCCCCCACCAAGAGGAAAAGCAAGUUCUCAAGCUUUGGCAAGAUCUUCAAACCUUGGAAGUGGAGGAAAAAGAAAAGCAGUGACAAGUUUAAGGAGACUUCAGAAGUUUUAGAACGAAAGAUUUCUAUGCGAAAGCCAAGAGAGGAGCUGGUUAAAAGAGGGGUUCUGUUGGAAGACCCUGAACAGGAUGAAGAGGAACCAGACAAACUGAGCCAUACUGAGUUGAAGAAUGGGCAUACAGUCCCCGUUGGUGGCCCUGGGAUCUCAAACUUGGAGGAGGAGGUUGAAAAGAGAUCAAGCCUUAGGAAGCCUGUUCCAGCUGAGGAACCAAAGAAAAGACCAGGCUCAUCCAGUAACAAUCCCAGUUCAGAAGUGGAGCCAUCUCAUGAGCCACAUGCACCCAGGCAGCCUUUGCUUCCUCCAAAAAGACCCUUGUCCUCUUCUCAGGAGGCAAGUGAUGUGCAGGCGAAAGACCCUGCCCCAGCCAGCCGCACUAUAAGGACUGCACCCUCUUCUUCUGUGACUGCCACCACCAGCACAGCAAAGACAGUCAAUUCCACAGUCGCCCCUUGCCCAGCCCCCAGAACUCUACUCCCUGCUCAUGCCAGCACUAACACUACUGCUACCACAAGUACAACCAGUGGGGUGCCAGCCAAACAGCCCCCCAUCCCACCCCCAAAGCCAGUGAACAGAAAUAGCAACCCUUUAAUAGCUGAACUGUCUCAAGCAGUGAACAGUGGUACGGGCUUAUCAAAGCCUUCCCCACCCUUGCCACCCAAGAGGGGCAUUCCAUCUAACAUGGCACCCUCACUGGAGUCAGCAGGUGCCUCGAAAGCACCAAGUGAUAGGGCAGUGACAGCUGCUCGUCCCACAUCGAUACCAGUGCAUAUCACCAUGUCUCACCCACCACCUUCGCCUUCUCCGCCACUGCCCAGCCACAUACCUCCCGAGCCCCUACGCACACCCCUGCCUGCCUCCAGCCCUGCAGCAGAAGCCCAGCUCUCUCUGGAACUGCCCAAGGAGAGCCCUCAACAGGAAGAUCUCAAGUCACUGGAAGUGCCCAAGAGGGUGGCAGAGCAGGGGUUUGGAGAACCUCACGUGCCAACGCGGCUGCCCCAGAUUCCACUGCACAUCCGGAUCCAGCAGGCACUGACAAGCCCCCUGCCAGUUACCCCACCUGCGGAGGGGUCUCACAGGGCUCACUCACUGCUCUUUGAAAACGACAGCUUCUGCGAGGACAAUGGCCUGGGCCGGACCAGGUCACUGCCAGUCACCAUCGAGAUGCUGAAAGUUCCAGAUGAUGAUGAAGAGGAGGAGGAAGGAGACCAAGAAGGUCAACGGAGUUCAGGUCACCGCGUUUACAUUGGUGAAGCACCAUCUGUCACGAUCAUUCCCAGGUUAAUGCCGCAGCCCCUGCAGGAGGAAGAAGAGGAGGAGGAGGAGGGAAUGAGUGAUUCGGACUCAGAGGGUCCCAUCCUGUAUAAGGAUGAGGAGGAUGAAGAGGAAGAUGAAAGCCAUAACAGCACUCUAGCUAACAAGGUGAAGAGGAAAGACACACUGGCCAUGAAGCUGGGCAACAUGGGCACCCAGCAGGAGCUGGAGGAAAAGAAUGCUUUUCCUCGCAAGAGCAAGGAGGAGUGGAAUGAAAUUCGGCAGCAGAUUGGAACAGCUCUGAUCAGGCGACUAAGUCAGAGACCAACAGCAGAAGAGCUGGAGCAAAGAAACAUACUUCAACAAAAAAAUGAGGCUGACCGGCAGGCCGAGAAGAGGGAGAUUAAACGCCGACUCACCAGAAAGCUUAGUCAAAGGCCUACAGUAGCUGAAUUGCAAGCCAGGAAGAUCCUGAGGUUUCAUGAGUAUGUGGAAGUGACAAAUGCUCAGGACUAUGACCGGCGAGCAGAUAAGCCAUGGACAAAACUCACCCCUGCUGACAAGGCUGCCAUCCGAAAGGAACUGAAUGAGUUUAAAAGCUCUGAAAUGGCAGUGCAUGAAGACAGCAAACACUUCACACGGUACCAUCGGCCAUAAUCCUCCAAAAGAGGGAGUGAGAAACCAGAGCGGAGAGGACUGAAAGUGUGUGGUAUUUCUAUCUUCUUGACAAUACAGUGAGAGAGAACCUGGGGGCUCAUCCAUGCUUUGCCUUGAGAGCAUACCCAGAAAAGGGCUAUGAGCUGGGGUGCAGGGGGAUUCUAUCUGAAUGUAGCAUUUCACUGGAACAAACACAUCUCAAGUGCCAUCAGGCUGGAACUGAACACUAUACCUCGCAUGAUACAGCAAUACUCCCCAGGCAUGCAGGCACCCUGGCUCACCAUCCUGGGGACCACUCUGGCAUUGGAACUGAGCUCUUCCACCCCUCCCCCAGCUGCCUUUCUUGCUCAUGAUGGACCCUGUUCUUCACUGUAAAUAGUCCUUACAAACUGGUUGGAACUUUUUGUUUUUCCCUUUUUGGUAAGGGGAGGGGAAAAAUAAUCUAAGCUCUGAUGUUCCAGAGAGCUGGGAAGCAUGUGUGUAUAUUUGCUGUGUACAAAGGAAACCUUUUUUAAAAAUGCUGUCCUGGCAGGAGACUGACAUGUGACUAUUUUUGAUUUUGCUUGUGUCUUUUUAAUGUACUUAAUAUUCUGAAUCACUACUGACCAAUGUAUGUUGCCCUGGAAGGGAAAUGUAUAGACUGUAACAACAUAUGCUGCAUCUUGUAAACUUAAAUUUUUUUAUUUUACAAAAACCAAACCCACGAACCUGCUCCUGCGCUAAUAGACCUUGUCUUGAGACAAUUAAGCUCUUGUUUAAUAGGAGCUACAGACAAAGGAAAUGACUGUUGCCUUUUAAAGUUUUGUUUUUAAUUUCAGGAAAUU